CAUCUUGUUUUAUAUCUGGCUGCCGGCUGGUAAGCUGGUCGCCAUAUUGGUGGCGAAUUAAAUAAUUUGUUUUCGUUUGUGAUAUUCGUCGUCAGCGGCGAAAGGGAGUAUAUUAUACUCCCUUUUUUUGUGUAUAAGGCUUUGCUCAGUGUUAUUACUACUAGGCUAGUUUUGAUAAUUGUUGGAAAGUAUAAAUUUAUCUUUGUUUUGUAUUUAAAAACAUGGCUUUUUAAAAUGUCGGCCCUGAACGUAAAAUAUUCGCCUCCUUGCGGAGUAACCCGCUCCUUUGUUAUUGUGGAUGUUGGAAGAAUCCAGAAUGGACAAGAAAUCUUUAAAUCGUUCUUUACAACAGUCGAGGCCCGUAGCCAUCGACUCUAAAAAAGGCACAGAAACAACUCAUAAACCUUGGCCAAGAAAUAAUAAAAAACGCGAAGGAUCAGCUAACCUACCAAAAUAUGACCCGUCUCGGAAGAAUGUCCCAUCACAGAGAGGCAGAGGUCAAAUGGAUAAGCGCCCACGGACCCGUGGUGCUCCCAAUUUCUCUGUGGGUGGAGCGCAGAACACCGGGAUAGAAGAAGAUGAGGAGCCUGAAAUAGGCUCAGUGUUUAUGCCUGGCAGCAAAAAGCAAAAUUUGAAUCAUUUGCUUAACUUCAUGUACCCUUCCCGAGGUGGUACUGACAGGAGUGGUCCCGUGCCACGUCGGCAAGGCCAGCAGCGAGUCUCCUACAGACAUGAACAAGAUCUUUACCUUCGCGCCUACUGUCAGUUUGUGGUCAAGGAAGAUGGAGAUUACAAGGUCAACUUGAUGGACCCGGACUUACCACUCAAGUGGGAGCAUAUUGAGGAAAUUGUGGUGAGAAGCACUGGCCGGUCAGAAUGCCCUAUAUGCCUGGGCGCCCCAGUGGCGGGACGCGUAGGUCUCUGCGGUCACGUGUAUUGCUGGGCUUGCAUCCUGCACUACGCUGCGGCCCACGAGAAGCAAUCGCCUCCAUGUCCAGUGUGCGCUAUGGCCUUGAACGUGGCUGAUAUGAAACCAACGCGUAUGGUGCAAUGGGAGUCGCCGCCUGAUGAGGUAUCAAUGCGGCUCGUGCGACGUUUACGCGGUUCCACGAUUGUUGAGGUAGCUCCUCCCCGAGGUCAAAUAAAGGAAACUGAUCAGACUCACAUACUGCCCCUAGAAGACUUGCAGGGGGCACCUUUCGCCAAACUAUUUUCAGCUACUAAACAACAGGUAAAGGACAUCCUAGAGAGAGACAGGACACAAAUUGAAACACAAAUAUUUGCAGAAAUUGACACCACAGAAAUUGUCUAUUUGGAACAAGCAUUGGAAAUGCUCAAAUUGAAAGAAAAUAAUAUCAAUAUUCAAUAUGAAGAACCAUCAAACAUUAAUACUGACAAGGUUGAUGAAGCCCCUACAGUAUUUGAAAAUAAUGCUGUAACAAAUAAUGUGAAACUUGACUGGUUUGAUGUCACAGAUGAAGGCGCAACUUGUCUAGAAGUAGUAGAUAAGAUGACAACAUUGGAUAUACAAUCUGAUUUGAAUCCAAAUGCACAAGAGUUUCAAUGUGAUACAAAUGUUGAUUUGACUCCAUCCGAGGAGUUUCCUCUUAUCGAUUGUGAACCGGAAAUAGAAGAAGAUGUUGCUGAAGAAGCUGUUUAUGCAGAUAUUGAUAAGCAAAACCAGGCGAAAUACUUUUAUUUCUAUCAAGCUGAAGAUGGCCAGCAGGUUUUCUUGCACAGCCUGAAUGUGCGCGUUCUGAACGCAUCGUGGGGAGCUUUGGCUUCAGCGCCUGACGUAAUCCGCGGCAGAGUCCUACAUCGUGAGACACUUUCACUAACUGAACAGACAAGAAAACACUUGCCAUUCACUGCCCACUUACCUCUCCAUUGCUCCUUUGACAUAGUAGAACUGGAUUUGAAGUUGCCGUUUGUGACUGAUGCAGCACUCGGAAAUUAUGCAGCGGAACUAGAACGACGUGCACGCAUGCGUGCAAAACACGAGCGGGAUGAAAGACGUCGAGAGCGAGCAUACCGCCGAGCUAUGGAGGGACCGCCUAGACCGGACUUCUCUUCGCAACUAUUAUUCCCACCCGCUCCACCCACUUACGGCAGUCCACCUCUCGCUGAAGUUGCUAUGCAAACUUUUGAGCAAACACCAUCUAUCAGUUCAACUUCAUCAUUGCAACAAACUAGCCCCACAGCAAGUGUGACUUCACCUGCAGGACUGUCCUUUGCUAAGAUGGCGGGUGCUAGCGGUACAUGGCGUGUGCGUAAAUCAACCGCCCCUUCUCCGCCGCCUCCGCCUGACGAGGAAGAAGGCUUCACCCCUAGGGCCGCUCUAUUGAGUGAUGCUAUAGAAGCCGCGUUGCAAGCUAGCAGCCCAACAGCGAAAAGCUCCGGCAAAAAGACAAAGAAGACCAAGCAAAAAGUCCUAUUUGCCACUGGGAUGCACCGCGCGGCGUAGAAUGUUACCAAUAUUAUAGAUAAACUCGCGCCAUAUACAAAAUGAAAAGAUCAGUAAAUCUUACCAACAAAAAUUCAAUACUGUUCAGUUUUGUAAGACUUUUUUCAUAGAAGCGCAAACAUGUCAAGGAGGUUGCAUAUCCAUAUAACAGAUAAUGGUAGAUCCGCGACUCGUGUACGUUAAAGAUUCACUGUACACUGUUGGCGAUAUAUUUAAAGAGUCUUAAAGUACUAAUGACAGUUCGGUAAAUAUUACUUUUAUUCACUUUAUUUUGGCCCACCAAGAAAUACAACUUAACACUUUCUUUUGAGUAAGCGCUGUUCAGUUCCUGCGUUACAAACCUGCUUUUUUUUCUGACAAAAUGACAUAUUAAAAUAUAAACUAACACUAUGAACAAAUUAUCUUUGAAGAGCUUGUCUCUUUGUUUAAUCACACGAAAUUCCUUUCCGUAGUUUGGAAUAGGGAACAAUAUUUUGUGAAAAUAGUACAUAGUUUAAUAAAUGUGAUUUUUGCAAUCUUGUUAUCUACUUAAUAUCAUAGGGUUCAUGGUUAUUUUACAAACAAAUUGAUCCAAUUUUAUUUUGCUUUAUAAAAAUAAAUGUUCUUUAGACAUAGUAAUACAUUAUGUAUCAAAAUAUUAAGAAUAUUUUGCUUGUUAAAAGGGGUUAUAAUAGUAGUUAUUGUUCCAACCCAUAUAAUUAUUUAAAUGGGUUAUAAUAAACUUCAAUGUAAAAUA